UGCAUUUUUCAAGUUUACACAGCAUCUCUUUCAUUAUUGUUUAACUGUUUUUUUUCUUCUUCCUGAGAGUACUACAGGUUUUGUCUUUUCAGGCUCAACAGCUGUUACAUCGGGAGAACUUUCAAAGAUGCCGCGGAAAGGAAAGAGAUCUCAGGCUCAAAAAAUUCGUUGGAGAAAGUUGGACCUGGAGGAUGAACAGACCACACCCUCCAGGAUUAACAAGAUUGGACAAGCAUGCAUCAUUCAAGAUUCAGCUCCAUUUUGUGAUCGCCAACAGGCAGAAGAUGGUCACGAGGCACCCAGAGUUUUAUCUGUGCAGGCUUCUCAUUGCCAGAAUGAUGCAAGGAACCAGCCAAUUGAACUCAGAAUCGCUGAGAAGAUCAAGUGGGCUACAACAAUACAGAUGACAAGCUGGAUACCAGCUUACGUGCUCAUCUCUUUCCUUAAGUUUUAUUUCUGAGUUUACUUUCUUUUUUUAGUUUAUUAGUACUGGUGUAUGUAGUGAUCCCAUUAUUCAUUUAUUAGUUUCAUACCCAGAGGAUGGGACCAAAUGUCUAUGACAAUGCUGAAGAAUAAAGUAGCAGAGGAAGAAUCGCACUGAGGAUAUCCAGCCAGUAUGCAGUGUCAGAUCCAGUGGCAAGAUGGCGGGAGAUGCUUC